AACUUUGCUUCGCUUACUAGCCAGAGAGCUACUUCAAUCAAAAACCUUUUAAGCCUGCCAACAAGAUGCCUACCGCGACCUACAUAUCUCAGGCCAGCAUAACCAACUUUGGGCCGCUAACAACAACCUAUACGGCACCCACAUCAUGUGCCACUGCUACAGAUCAUCUUUACUUUCCUUACCGAGACGUCAGUGAACAGCCUGAAUAUCUUUGGGCUUGGCCUACUUGUACAAUGCAGCUGUAUGGUAAAUGCAUACCAUCUGGAGAUAAAUACGAUCACCUUAUCACAGCAACAUAUGCCAAGACUCUUGAUAUUGGUUUUUACCAUUAUUAUUCGCCGGGUUUGUAUUGCCCGGCCAACUGGACGACCGUUGGAAAAUACGUGAAAGGAACUGGAGGCACUGCACAGAUAACGGGGGCUCUCACCAAGACAGAAUCAGAGCCCGUGCCGGAGCGGUGGGAGCCAGGUCGGCCAUUUCCUACAGAUCCGACAAGUGUGUGGAAUCAAGUCUUGGAACCAUCAGAGACACUGGUUGUUUGUUGCCCAAGCGAGUACACCCUCGACUUUAAUGGCAACUGCUACUCAGUGGUUGGCCCAGCGUCCUCAUAUGGAUAUACAGAGAUCUGCGGAUUCCUCAUACCGACAUCCGUGGUACCCUUGACAAGCACGAAAAGUGGCCGUCCUUAUUACAUCUAUACUGAACCUAUUCCUCUAGCAACAUUCACGCGAGAUAUGCCGACGAGAGCAUUGUCUGCAGACCGCCAUGUUGUUGAAAGGAUUCCAGCAGUGGCACUUAUUCAUCAGGAAGUGGAUUUCACUAAAACUAGUGGAGGAGGUGAUGCUAAAGAGAACGCAGCGAACAGGACAAGUCAGCGCAGUUAUGUUACGCUCCUGUUAGCAAUGGCGAUUAUGACAACAGUUGCGAUAUCUGGGUUGUAAGACUUUAACUGAGGAUAGGAUUGUUUUAUUAUUCUUGACAUCGUAGUGAGGAAUGUAAGAAGUCUGCAUCUGUACAGUGGACAGACUGCCUGAUUGUUUCAGGGUCAAAAUAACACAUGCUCUAUUGUCCCUUACUGGCUGAUAGCACUCAAUCAAUAACCACAAACAACGACAGCCAACU